UACACUUUUUUUUUUACCCGCAAAAAAAACCACACUUUUCUUUUAUAAAUAUGACUGUUGCCGCUAGAAAGCCUGUUAGAGUUUGGGUAGAUGGUUGUUUUGACAUGAUGCACUAUGGUCAUGCCAAUGCUUUAAGACAGGCCAAGGAGAUGGGUGAUAUUCUUGUUGUCGGUGUGCAUUCCGAUGCAGAAAUCGAGAAAAAUAAGGGUCCAACAGUAAUGAAGGAAAAAGAGCGUUAUGCUGCUGUCGCUGCUUGUAAAUGGGCUGAUGAAGUUGUUCCUAACGCACCUUACAAUACCACGGUCGAAUGUCUCAAGGAAUACAAUAUUGAUUUCUGUGUUCAUGGUGAUGAUAUCACAACCAUGGCUGAUGGUACGGAUUGUUAUCAAGCUGUCAAGGAUGCUGGUCUUUACAAAGAGUGUAAGCGUACACAAGGUGUUUCUACCACCGAAUUAGUCGGUCGCAUGUUACUCAUGACAAAGAACCAUCAUAAUCAUCGUAAAAACUCCAUUGGCAGUGAUCUCUCUGGUGUCGAUACCCAAGACGUUGGCUCUUUCAGCACACCCGCCAAAGUCUCUCACUUCUUACCCACUUCCAAGCGCAUUGUGCAAUUCUCCAAGGGUAUUGAACCCAAAGAAAACGACAAGGUCAUUUAUGUCGAUGGUACUUUUGAUCUCUUCCAUGUCGGUCAUAUUGAAUUUUUGAAGCGCGCCAAAGAGUUGGGUGACUUUUUGGUGGUUGGUAUCCAUGAUGAUCAAACCGUGAAUGCUAUCAAGGGUGUGAAUUAUCCUUUGAUGAACUUGCACGAGCGUGCUUUAAGUGUCUUGGCCUGUCGCUAUGUUGAUGAAGUGAUUAUUGGCGCUCCUUAUAGUGUGACUGAAGAUGUCUUGACCAAGGAAUAUAACGUUAAUAUGGUUGUUCAUGGUAACACCGUGACUGAACCUGAUGUCGAUGGUAGUGAUCCCUAUGCCUUACCAAAACAACGUAAGCUCUAUGUGGAGAUUGAAAACCCAAACAACACGAUUACGACACAGGGUAUCAUUGAACGCAUCAUCGAAAACCGAUUUAUCUUUGAAGAAAGACAAAAGAGAAAGAAUGCAAAGGCCCUUUUAGAAGCCGAGAAAGAAGCCGAGGAAAAGAGUCUCCAAAAAUAAGAAAAGAACAAUGCCUCUUUGUUAUAAUGUAUAUAAACCAACCAUCCCUUAAAUAUAUAACUUUUUUUUUUUUUUAAUACUGUAAAAGCGUUUUUAUGUAAUUCAUACUAGACUAGAAUAAAGAGGUGACUAGU